AUGGCCUCUGAGCUGCGCCGCCGGGUUGUCACAAGGGGAAGGGCAGAUCAUAGUGCCUCCGAGUUUCCAGAGCCCGUCACGUUGAGUCGUGAUGAGAGCCCAAUCAAGCCCGGAGACAAAUUAAAAGUCGUCCACCCGAAGCGCAAGAGAAAACUCGGUGCCAUCUUCCUGCUCGGCAGUGUGUUUGGUAUCAUAGCGGCUGGCUUCUUCGCAAAGACCAACGACCUGAUAGACUUCCCAGAGAUAGGCGACUUGACUGUGGACAGUCUGCUAGACGCCUUGCCGGCGGGUCUGGUCAAAGAUGUCCGCGAUCUGGUGAAAGGAGAGCGCGACUUCAUCGACUCUUAUGAUGCCUUCUCUGUCGGUCUCAAGGCCCGGUCUGAAGGCCUCGAGGCCCACCACCCAAUCAUCAUGAUACCUGGCGUCAUCUCAACAGGUCUCGAGUCCUGGGGCACGAUGAACAUCUCCAGACCGUACUUUCGGAAACGACUUUGGGGGUCAUGGAGUAUGAUGAGGGCCUUGGUCAUGGAGAAAGAGGUGUGGAAGCAACAUAUCAUGCUAGACAAGAGGACGGGUCUCGAUCCGCCCGGUAUCAAGCUGCGCGCGGCUCAGGGCUUUGAUGCCACCGACUUCUUCAUCACCGGCUAUUGGAUAUGGAGCAAGAUAUACGAGAACCUCGCGCCUCUGGGGUACGACCCGACAAACUCGUUCACAGCCUCUUAUGACUGGCGGCUCUCCUACCAGAACCUGGAGAAGAGGGAUCAGUACUUCACCCGUCUGAAACUACAUAUCGAAUCUGCGGUGUUGGGGUGGAACCAAAAGGUGGUCCUCAUCUCGCACAGCAUGGGCAGCCAGGUUCUCUUCUACUUCUUCCAUUGGGUGGCAUCUCAAGAAGGCGGCCGGGGCGGCGACUCCUGGGUAGAAGACCACGUCGACUCGUGGAUCAACAUCAGUGGAUGCAUGCUUGGCGCGGUAAAGGGCAUACCUGCUGUGCUAUCAGGGGAGAUGAAGGACACCGCCCAGCUCAACGCCUUCGCCGUAUACGGCUUGGAAAAAUUCCUCUCCAAGGAGGAGAGGGCCGACAUCUUCCGCGCCAUGCCGGGAAUCUCAUCCAUGCUUCCCAUUGGCGGCGACGCAGUCUGGGGCAACCUCUCCUGGGCACCCGAUGACCAGCCGGGUCAAAUCAGCUCGUAUGGCUCCUUUCUGAAUUUCCGUCGGGGUGUUAACUGGACGGUCCCGGAAAAGAAUAUGACAGUGAGCAACGCAAUGGACUUCCUUCUCAACACCACCGAGGACUGGUAUCAGGCACAGAUCCGCGGCUCAUUCUCUCACGGGAUAGCCCGCACCACGGCCGAGGUCGAGGCGAAUGAGAAGGAUUUCCGCAAGUGGAUCAACCCCCUUGAAACCCGCCUGCCGCUGGCGCCCAGCCUCAAGGUUUACUGCUUCUAUGGCGUCGGCAAGUCCACCGAGCGCGGAUACUACUACCGCACCCCCGACAUCUCCUCCACGCUAAACAUCACCAUUGACACGGGCUUGAUUCACGGGGUUGUCGAUCACGGUGUCAUUAUGGGUGAGGGCGACGGGACGGUGAACCUGCUGAGCUCAGGAUACAUGUGUAAUCGUGGAUGGCAGAUGAAGCGAUAUAACCCGGCCGGCGUCAAGGUCACAGUCGUCGAGAUGCCGCACGAGCCUGAAAGGUUCAAUCCGCGUGGCGGACCGCAUAGCGCGGACCACGUGGAUAUUCUGGGGAGGGCGACGCUGAACGAGCUGAUCCUGAGGGUGGCGGCGGGCAGAGGUGAGACGAUUAAUAGUCACGUCGUGAGUAAUAUCUCUCAGUAUGCAGAUCGGGUGCAAGUGUUCGAAGAGGAUUAA